GCAUGUGGCGCUGGCAGUAUCAGGCAGUUAGCUAUCGCAGGGCUUCAUUACAUAUUUCCGAGGGAAAAAAAUCUGACAGACUGUCUGAGAUAGACCAAUGUUUCAAACAAAUCGACGAUAUAUAUUGUCACUACUACUAUAAACGCUGCUACAUUGAUUCUAAACCGCAGCCGAUUUGCAGAGAGGCAUGCGAGGAGUUAGAGUUUAAACACUGUAAGCGAGAGUUUAGGGAAGCCUUAAAGAUGAAUUUUGAGAGAAGGGACAGGACGAUUUAUCAAUAUCACUGGGAUAUCAUCAACUGCACCACUCUUCCGUAUCGAAAUGAAACGACAAAUUGCUACUAUCCUAACCAUGACCAAGGUGGGUAGAGAAAGAGACUACUUGUAAAUUGUAAUUUAUCAGUAAUGAUAGUAAUAUUUGUAAACCUCAAAUUAGUCAGCACCAGCUAAUAUUGGCGGCCGAAAGCCAAUAUUAAACAUUGCUUAGCUAUUUGAAAAUUUGGGCUUCCAUACAAGAACAAUUUUGGACAAUUUUUCUCGUCUUCAGCUAAGUAAAGGAUCGAUAAAAGAAAUGAAAUCCAGACAAUAGCAGAUUUUUGGACACAAUAGUUAGAAUCCUACCAAACGCAAAAGCCAUUUCAGCGGAGAUACUUUGUAAAUUAUAUAUAAGCAAUAAAUUGUAGUUUACGUGCUUGCAGACGUCAUCACCUUUGUUUAUGAAGUACCAUUCAUAUUUUGGCAUUAUAUUAAUGUUGACGGAGUAAGUUGAAUCACUCUCAAAAAAUAUUACAAAGUACGAUGGAAUUAUUACAAAUUGCGACAGCUUAGUUUAUUACAAAGCGCGAUGGACAUGUUGGACAAAUUGCGACAGCUUUUUUAUUACAAAGUGCGACACGGUUUAUUACAAAUUGCGACAGGUAUUACAAAGUGCGAUGAAUUUAUUACAAACUGCGACAGGUAUUACAAAGUGCGAUGAUUACUACAAAUUGCGACAGUACAUUUGUAUUCUUAGUUUAUUACAAAGUGGGAUGGACAGUAAUCACAAAUUGCGACAGCUUUUUUAUUACAAAUUGCGACAGUACAUACGUCAUCUGGGCUUCUGAAACAACCUCUCUUUGGUUUUUCUUAAAUUUUUGUUUUAUUUUAGGAGCAGCCUAUUCUCGAUUACGUUGUAAAGUCCCGUAGGAAGAGCUUUGAGCCUGAGCCUUGGUUCGUACCCAGAUUUCCUGCCCGUAUUUUUUCCCUUCGGGCUUUUUUUGGGUAGGUUUAUUUCUGUUGUAAGCGGUAGCUCAGCUCUGCUAGUUUUUAGCUUUCUUCCCGUUUCUUAUCUUAUGUACUUUUAUGGUUAUCGCAGUUUUACACCUGCUCCUAUACUUAAUAUAUUUGGUUUCUAUGUAUGCUUAGGUCAGCUGUCCCGGAACCGCUCUCCAAGCGGCGACAAAAGUCUAGUUUGACGUCGUUAGCCAUUUGUUCACUCAGUUUUUCCGGCGCCUAGCAUCUGUGCUUCUGCAGUGUUCCCUGUCUCAGUUAUCCGUUGAUCAGAAUUUUAUUACGUUUUGCCCAGCCUAACUGGCGACCGAACUGGCACUAAGCCAGCUUGCUUUAUUGGGGAUUCAGGUCGAGUUCGACCAGUUGUAGCAGUUCUUUCGUUUUGUGAAAGCUAGUUUACGAGUGUUGUACAUUAGUUACUUACCUAUUGCUGUGUUUACAUACGUACUUUGCAGGGUUGGUUCUCUCCAAGCCGUCCCAAAAUAAACUUAUUUGCCUUUUCAUUCUGCCUGUUGCUGCUGUGCAGUGGAGUCAAAAUAGAAGGAUGCAAUCUGAAAUUCUCUCACUAGUUAUCAAACAUUCAAAAGUAAAUAUUAAUCAAUUAAUUAUCCUCUUCUGUUUUAUUUCCCAUUAGAAAAACUUGACGUCCUUGUGACUAAAGGUAGGAAAAACUGAUUCCAACAGACAAAUUUCUUUUUUGACGUUAUAAUCGAAAAGAAAUCUUAAAUAACUUUUUUAAAAUGAAGUUGUUUUGUAUUUUCGCAGUUCACAUCAUCUUCAUGUUUAACUGAAUCUUUGUUUUAAUAGUCUGUUCCGUUAAGCACUUCUGCAUGUUUAGCCAGUUUGCGAUUUUCUUAGGAAUAAGAAUGUACGAAAACAGAUUAUCAUUACACACAAGGUCUAGAGCUGUUCAGUUUGAACAUACGGAUAAUUUAUUGACGUCUUACCGUAUAUCUGACUAGAUUUGAUACAAGGUGCCUGCAAUAAGUCUCCAGAUACUAGCCAAGUCUAAGAAGCAAAAACUCACCUUUCCCACCCAUGACACUUAUAACUCACUCAAUCACUCCCCCCAAGCUCUGCAAGAAGCAUUACGAUUCUGAGUCAGAGCACUGAUUUGGCUGGGCUAGCCCACAGGGAAUAUUCCUUGACUUUGCACUGCUUUCUGACUUGAAACUCUAAACAAAGGGUCAAAAUUUCCCCUCCCUACCCCCUACUUUUAACACAAAAAAGCCAGCCAGCAACCAACAGUUAGGUCUGGGCCUGGGCUUUCUGCUGACGCCUAGCAAGACGCCAAGUGCCCUCUUUGUUUGUCUGUUUUUUUUUUUUUUCUCGGCAUGUUUUUUUGUUGUUUUUAUUGAACGAGAAACUGGAAGCAAGGUGUUUAUGUUGCCGCUUCGCACCCCUUUCCUCCUACUCUAUAAUCCUCCUCAGAAACAACAAAUAAGGUCUGGCCCUGCCCUCCGCCCCCCCCCCUUCCAAGCCGCCAAGGGCCCCCUUUGUUUGCCUUUUUUUUUUUUUUUUCUCGGCUACCCUGGCUUGAUGACGGGCGAUGACCGUGUUCAGGCAAAAACUUAGCAGGCACCGUUUAGUAAAAUCACACAGAUAUAUAAAUCUUCGUCGGUAAAUCCAAAUAAUAAGCGCAGUGGGAUCUUUAUGGACUAAAUUUCGAACAGAUUUCCAACGCGUUAUACACAAAAAGAUAAAAACUGCUAUUUUGAAAAGUAUAAAACAGCCACAACCUUGGUCAAAACAUCUUGGGACACUUAAAGAAAUUAUGCACAAUUGAAGACACACUUUGCUAAAUUAAUUCAUAUUCUACCUCUUAAAAAAGCUUUAAGAUGUUGUUAUGAGGGACUAUUUCCGCUGUCCCCCUCUACCCCCAGCAGUGUUGAUUGUGUUGAAUUAAAAAUUGAAUGCAUAACGUUAACACUGCACCAGGGGAAGGGGGAAGGGAAGAUGCCUAAUUUGAAGAGAUUUUACGUUAGCGUCCCAAGAGUUUUCACCAGGCUUGUAGCUGUUUCUUCGUGGGCUCGAGUGCCCGAAGGGCAACGGUGGAAGGCGAAGCUUUCCGAACGAGGAGCGAAGUGCAAAGCAAAACUAAAGACAGAGAAUUUAGCAAAUGCAUUUAAAUCUGGUAGUUAAAGAUAAGGUGAUUUUACUGAAUUUCAGUAGAGCAACAAGGAUUCACAGAAUAGCCCCAAAUUUAUUUCCUCUUUUUCUGUAUACUGUUUAUAUACUGUAAGCCCAACUUAUCGUCUCAAGUCCUUUAAGGACGUGGUAGUUAAAAUCAGAUCGUUUUAUUGAAUUUCAGUAGAGCUACAAGGAUUCACAGAAUAGCCCCAAAUUUUUUUCCUCUCUUGCUGUACAUUGUAUAUACUGUAAGCCCAUCUUGGCCCAUGUUUCGUAGGGGAAAUGUAACACAAUGACAGGAUAAUCGAAAUAACUAUUAUGAACUGUGAAUGGGUUUUUGAAAUAGAGUUUUGGACGUUCCCACGACAAACCGAACUCAUCUGGACCCUGUGAUGUAUCUGGUCACAUCUUCCAUGGAUAAUUCAUAAGUUUUUAUAAUGUAUUGUUGCAGACUGUUUCUAUGGAAAUGGGCGUGGCUACCGUGGUAACAUAAACACAACCAAGUGGGCAAGCCCUGCCUGUCUUGGGAUACACAUAGACCUGAUAAAAGUAAACUCAAUGAAAGUAUUUACGAUGAAAUAA